UUCAUCAUCGUCUCGAAUCAUUUGUUCGGCAGCAAGCAGCUCUCCUCUCUUCUCCAUUGAAGACGCGAUUUGUAAAGGUAGAUCCUCGCCGUUGAUCGGUGUUCCUAGCGAUAGACAAGUCCAGAGGAAGCUGAGAUGGGAGACUUCUCCGGCGUGCCAGGGCGCCCCAAGGUGCAGAACCGCACAAAUGUCAUGCAAUUGAAACUGAUGGGACAAACUCAUCCUACUGGUUUAACACCCAAUCUCUUGAAGCUGUUUGAGGCUCGUCCACCUUUGGAGUACAAACCACCUCCAGAGAAGAGAAAAUGUCCACCAUAUUCUGGAAUGGCUCAAUUUGUUAGUUCCUUUGCUGAGAAAGAUGAUCCAGUGUAUCAACAACCUAUCGAGAAGUCUGAGACUCCUGCACAACGAAGGGAAAGAAUUCACAAGUUACGGCUGGAGGAAGGUGCAAGAAAGGCUGCUGAGGAGCUUGAGAAAUAUGAUCCACAUAAUGAUCCAAACAUUUCUGGUGAUCCGUACAAGACAUUAUUUGUUGCUAAGCUGAACUAUGACACAACUGAUCGUAGUAUCAAAAGGGAGUUUGAGGCUUAUGGGCCCAUCAAGCGGAUUCGGCUCGUUGCAGACAAAGUAACAAAUAAACCUAGGGGAUAUGCGUUCGUUGAGUAUGUGCACACAAGGGACAUGAAAGCUGCAUAUAAGCAGACAGAUGGAUCAAAGAUUGAUAAUAGAAGAGUGCUAGUUGAUGUUGAACGAGGUAGAACAGUUCCAAACUGGAGACCUCGUCGACUUGGUGGUGGGCUUGGAACUACCAGGGUUGGUGGUGAAGAUGCUAAUCAGAAAAACUCGGGAAGAGAUCAACUGCAAUCUGGAGGGGCACCAAGAUCAGAGGAGCCAAGGGCACGAGACGAUCGUCAUGCAGAUAGGGAAAAAUCACGUGAAAGGGGUGGGGGGAGAGAUAGAGAGGGUGAAAGGGAGAAAUCUGCAGAGCGAUCUGUUGAAAGGGUUAGGGAUCGGGAUCGUGAUAGGGAGGACAGGCAUCACAGAGACCGAGACAAGACCAGAGGAGGAGACAGGGAUAGGGACAGAGAGAGAGAACGAGGUGGCCGUGAUCGCGACCGCGAUCGUGACCGAGGAGGACGCGAUCGCGAUAGAGGUGGUCGUGAACGCGGCCGUGAAUCUGAGCGGGAGCGACACAAGGAACGAGACAGGGGAAGUGACCGCCACAGAGGUAGGGACCGGGAUUAUGAAGCUGAAGAUGGUGAGAAAGGAGGGCGUUCUUCACGCGAUAAAGAGUACAAUGACUACAAUCAGGAUGAACCAGACAGGCAUCGUGAUAAGGAAAGGAGCUAUGAUCAUGCUGAACCAGAGGAUGACUAUGAUAGGGAGCGUCGAUACCAUGGACACUAUGAAGGUGGGGACCGGGGUUAUUAUGAAGAUUCAGACAAUCAUGCAGAGAAUAACGAGCGCACUCGUUAUGAUCAGAUGGACGAGGACAAGUACCAAAACUGAUGCAUGCAGGCUUGGCCCGAGCCGCGAAUAUGUUCACUAAGCAAAUGCUGCUGGAGUUUCGGUUCAACCUCCCUAAAUUAUGCACUUUUGCAUGAAAAGAGACCAAAUCUAUGUGUUUUCUUUGGUUGGACAGUUUCAGUUCUUUCAAAUUUUGCCUGCUUUUGCAAUUUGACUUGAGUUCAGUUUGAUACUUAAUAUUGCUCGAUAUGUUUUUAAAGUCCGACUUCUUUUAUAGAUUCGUAUUAUGAACCCUUGACCGCAGUUGUGUGUGUGUACUUUUUGCUUGUGGAUGUUAGUUUGCUCAUUUAUUAUUAAAAUACAUUCUC